UCAGGGACUUGACAGAGUUACUUGACAGUGAGAGGAUGAAGUCCGCUAAGCUCCAGUGUAAGCUGCGAAAAUGUGAGAAAAAGGAAGAGGACCAGGAAGUCCUAAAAGUGAGCAGAGACCAAGAUAUGGCGGAAUUGGCUCAAGAAAGGCUUCUGGGGCUGAAGUUACAGGAUACAGUUAUGCUUUCUCUGAUUGCGGAAAAGUCCUCUAAAGCUAAGAUUGAGGUGAAGUCCUGUAAGAACUCCCCUGAAGCUAGGACUGAGCUGAAACCUGGUGGGAAAUCCUCUGAAGUGGAGACUAAGGAGAAGAGAGGUGGGAAAUCCUCUGAACCUGAGCAGACCAAAAAUUCUGAAGGUAAUGCUGAGGCAGAGAAAUCCUCUGAAGCAGAAGCUAAACCAGAGUCAACCUCAAAAGCUGUGAGUAAAGAGAAUGGCACAACUGAAGCAACAGGUGAAGAGAAGAGUAAGCCUGAAGAAGCUGCAGAGAAGAGCCAAACAGUAGUAGAAGCUGAUUCUACACAAGAAUCUGAAGGAGCCAAAGACUCUGAAGCCAAACCUGAGGAAGCUGGUGCCCCAGAAGAGAAAGCUGGAUGGGAUGAGAUGGACCCGUGUCAGAGGUCCUCUGACGGUACAGAGAACAAGACAGUGGUUGGUGAAGCCACUGAGGCCGAAAGAUUCUCUAAAGCAGAGGCAGAGGUCCGGCAAGCAAGAAGAAGACAAAGGUUAGAAGCAUCGGUCCUCUCACUCCUUAAUUUCAAGAACCCUGCCCACACCAGGGUGAAGAACCUGGUACUGGAGAGGUGUGAUCGAGAGACUUGCAAUUGGUGGCUGGUAAAAGUCCGGAAGAAAAAAGUCAAGGACUUCAGAGACUGUGGGACAAAAGUUGUCCAAGAGAAAGGAAAGGCAGAUGGUUUCUGCCUUUCAAAUACAUGUGCUCCUUCCCGGUGGUCUGAGCAAAGGGGGGGGAUAUGUGGCAGUGUGGCAAGGAAAGGGUGUAUUUCCUUGGCUCACCCUGCAGAAGCUCUCACCUGCUUCUUAAGUAAUGAGGCAGGAAGGAAGGGAGGUGUAUAUGAGAUGGAGACUCAGUCUAAUCUAAGCUCUUCCUAGGAGACAGCAUGUGGGCUGUAGGGAAGAGACAGAGCCUGCUGAGGAGUACACAGCCCGAGCUAUGAGGGGCUCAAAGAGAGUGACAUGAAUUGUGAGUAGAAGGUUGCAGGGGACAUAUGUUUAACCGGCUGAGGGAAGCUCAGCGGUUGUUAGUCAGGACAAGCUGAUCUGUUUAGGCAGUGACCAGACGGUCUAGGAUUUUGUUUUGUUCCUGC